CGUCAACGAUCUCGUAGAGGUACGGGUAAGAAGCCUGUGCGGAAGAGUGCCGUUCCCUUUACACACAUGUCAACCGUAUAUGAGAGCCAUAAGAAGACAAUCUACGGCUGUGCCUUUAAUCCUUACUCGGAAAUACCUUAUUUUGCAACGGUCGGCGAUAAUCGGAUAACAGUCUAUCAAAUUCCAAGCGAUAAACCAUCAGUUACACUGCUGAGGAGUUAUCAAGAUCCAUCGAAGGAAGAAGCAUUUUUCGCAGUGUGUUGGGCAUAUGAUACAUUCAGUAAUGCUCAUGCCGUAGUGGCCGGUGGGAUGCUAGGCAUAAUUCGUGUGAUUGAUUUUAACAGUGGUGCAUUGAUUGCGAAUUUGAUCGGGCACGGCGAUGCGGUGAAUGAUGUGCGUGUAUGCCCGAAAGACUCGACAAUAAUUGCAUCGGCAAGUAAAGACUUUACGGCUCGUAUUUGGCAUAUCCGAAAUAGUGCUUGUUUAGCGAUUUUGGGUGGAGUCGAAGGACAUUUGGAUCAAGUCUUAUCUGUGGAUUUUGAUGUGACGUCGGAGUAUUUGGCAUCGGCGAGUAUGGAUCACACCGUUAAAUUAUGGUUUAUCGGUAAAGGAAGUGGUGUCGAUAAAAGAAUCGAACAAGCUGGAAGCGAUCUGAAGGUUUCAAUGAAAUUUGAAUGA